GUUUAAAUAUGAUUAUUCUACUGCUGCUAUUUCUAUCGGCAUGUGCCUCGUGGGUUUUAUGGAUUUUCCACACUCGACGAUACGAGAAAGCAACAGCUUCGCUGCCCUCGCUGCCUGGCCUGCCGCUGCUGGGGAACGCGAUGCUCUUCAUUGGAGACACUGAAAAAAUUUUACGAAACUUGCAAAACAUCGCUGACUUGGCUUUCAAGCAUAAGGGUACAGUAAAAAUUUGGUUGGGACCCAAAUUGUAUGUAGCUCUUGCGAAUCCCGAGGACGUCCAAGUAGUUUUGGACAACUGCUUAGACAAGGACGUAGUGUACCGCUUCCUAAGACCAUGGCUGGGAUAUGGAUUAUUCGUUGCACCUUUGGAACUAUGGAAAUCUCACAGGAAAGUGAUGAGAUCAGUGUUCAACAACAAAGUGGUGGAAGAGUACCUGGCAGUGAUUGCGGCCCAGGCCGACGUUUUGGUCGAAAAACUGGACGCGAUGGUCGGGAAGGGAGACUUUGAUGUCUUGAAGUUUAUUACCGCCUGCACACUGGACAUCGUCUUUGAAACUGCAAUGGGCGAGCGCAUGGACGUGCAAGAGAAGCCCGACACCCCAUACCUGCGCGCGCGCCAGACGGUCAUGACGAUACUCAACAUGCGCUUCUUCAAGGUGUGGCUGCAGCCAGAUUUCCUGUUCAACCUCACCUCCUACGCGAAGGAGCAUGACGAAAGCAUCAAGCUCACACAUAAAUUUACUGAUGAGGUUGUUAAAAAGAAACGUAUGGAGUACGAGAAGAACAAGCACAACAAUAACACAGAUGGUAAAUUGAAAGCUGUGCUGGAUCUCCUGUUUGGAAGAGAGAUCGAGUUUACAGACGAGCAGCUUCGUGAACACAUCGAUUCGAUUACGAUCGCCGGCAACGACACCACUGCGCUGUCUAUCGCCUACACGCUAAUGCUGCUGGGAAUUAAUAAGGAUGCGCAAGAAAAAGUGAUUGAAGAGCAAAGAGCAAUUUUCGGUGAUUCUAAACGCGGUGCUACCAAAGAAGACAUUCCACAAAUGAUGUACCUAGAAAGAGUGAUAAAAGAAAGCAUGCGGCUGUACACUGUUGUGCCGAUCAUCGCCCGCAACGUCGACAAAGACGUUUAUCUUCCUGGGAGCGGCAUCACACUGCUGGCAGGCACAGGAACGGUCGUUGGCUCAUUCGCGAUGCACCGGUCCCCGGCGGUGUGGGGCCCGGACGCGGACAAGUUCGACCCGGACCGGUUUCUGCCGGAGCGCUCUAUUGACCGCCACCGAGCGGCCUUUGUGCCCUUCAGCUACGGGCCUAGAAAUUGUAUAGGACGCAAUUACGGAAUGUUAAUACUCAAGAGCAUCUUGUCGACGAUCAUCAGAUCAUACAAAAUCGACGCGGACGAAGUUGGACCACUCAAGAUGGAGCUGCUGCUGUUUCCCAUACGAGGUCACCAAAUAAGAAUAACGAGGAGAGACGACUAACAAUAUCGUGUAGUCAUAUCAGUUGACAACCAAAACACUAAGAAACACAUAUCUUCUCAUUAAUAUUUAAAAAUUUCGCGCUUUGAAAGACGGGUCUGGGACAACAAACCUGUGUCGAAACGUCGGUCGGUUCUUUAAUAACAAAGAUUCUUGAGGGUUCGCGAGAGUACGAUCUAAUUCACAAACAUGACAAAAUUAACAAAACAACGUUUCAAAAAUCAUUUAUUUAAACGACCUUAAUGCCUUAUUGUCAGUGCAUGAGAGAAGUGUAAACAAAUACAUAUAUAAUAUUUUUCGAACGUUUGCUUGUAAAGAUGUUUGAACACGACUGUACUUGUAACAAAUUUGUUAGUUUGUUUUAGAUGUCAACUAACGAACUAAAUAUAUUAUUGAUUAGUAUAUUUAAUUUAGGGUACUAUGAGUUUUUAGCAUGCCCUUCGGGCUGUGAAAUGCUCCGGCUCUCAAAAGAUAUUUUGUCAAAGAAAGAACGACUUGCGAAUUCUAACAACUCGUUAUAGUUCUCGUCACGUCUACGUCAUUAACGUCAUUAUUGAGCUAUGAUUAGGUAUUAUAAAAUAAUACUUACAUGACGUAGCUAUAGGCGAUUACAGAAGUAGUUCAUUAAUUUUAUUGUUUUCCUUCGUAUUUUCACGGAAACACAAAUGUGUCUUGCUAUUUCAGUCUCGGUACAAAAAGUACUGACGUUGACUGAAGUAGCUGACAAAUAUGAAGGUUUCCGAGAAAAUACGAAGGAAAACAAUUACGCACUACAUCUUUAGGUAUGUGAUCUGAUUACGUAUUAAAUCCGUGCAUUUGGAGUUAAAAAGUUUAACUCUUAAAUGCCUAGAAUUAGUUUUUUGUAUUUAACUGGAGAUCUUUCUCCUCCUACUUUUAAUCCGAAGUAGUGAAUGAGUGAGUUUUGGUGGAAUGGGCAUACAAGUAUAUGGGUUAGAAUAACCAUUUUCUAUGCAAUGUUAAAAUAGAUUUUACUAACAUAGAAAUAUCAAAAAAUUGGGUAGUAUUAACUAUGGGUUCGAACCGGUUGAGUAACCUACAAAAUGGUAAAAUAAUUCCCAGUGCGUCAUUCAAUUUUGAUACUGAUAUAAUGAUAUCAGUAUCAAAAUAUAAUGAUAACUCUCAAAUCAAAUCUUUAAAUACAUAUAGGUACCUAAUGUUAAAUGGUAUAUUAUGAAAUAAUUUUUUUUUUUGGGUAUGGGACUAACUCCAGUUUUUUUUAAUACCUAAUACCUAUUCUAAUGUAAUAGGUAUGAAUUCAUAUUAAAGAGCAUGACCUGAAAUUAUUAGAAAUUAAGCCCCGGAAAUCUCUGAUUGACACCAUACAAAAACGUGACUAUAGAUAUUCUUACGUACAGUAGAGUAUAAAUAUUAAUAGAUACUUAAUUUCUGAUAAUUUCAGCCCGUGUUGGGUGCGCCUAGCUUAGCCGGGGUUUGCCAGAAAAAAAAUGGUUUUGUAAUUAAAUUAAGUAUGUACUUGUGUUAUGUGGACAAGUGAGAACGUUGAGUGUUAUUUAUAAUUAUGUAAUAUAAGUAUAUUACGUUUCCGAUUGAUUGUUUAACUUUUACCUCCUUAUUUAGUACCAUAAUGAAAAAAAAAAUUGUUGGUAGGUAGGGGAAACUGUUCUACCUCGGACAAUUAUUUCUUUUAUGAAUUUUAGAAAAAAAACUAAAGGCUGCAGAAUUAUUUUUUAUCCGAAUAUUAUAAGAUACAUUAAUAAACUAUCUAAUACGAUAUACAAUUUAAAGAUUAGAUUAUUUAUUUUGAUGGGAUACGUUGACGAAAAAAAAGGGAAAAGUGUCCAAGGAACAACACCCCUGAUGUACCUUGGUCAUUUCCCGUUGUACCUCGGACAUGAUAAUUAUAAUUAGUAAAUUUAUAAUAUAAUCAUAAAAAUAAUAUUUAUAUGUAUAUGAAAUCACAGAUAUUUUUAGCAUAUUUACGCCAUUGAAUAGAUUUUUCUAGAACAAUUACCUUAGAAAAAUAUACUUAGCAAUGGUCAUUUUUUAUUUUUGCCUAAAACAUUUUAGGCAUGUUUUCUAAGAUCGAUAACUGGGUAACUUAUAACGCACAUAACUAAUAAUUAGAAAUACGGCAAAUAUGAAACCUUAAGUUUAAAACAAAUAUUUACAGUAGAAGCAAGUACGGGCCAAGGUACAACAUAUUUUCGGUGUCCGAGGUACAACAAAGCAACUUUUUGGACAAGUAAGCUUCGUAAUAGCACUUCCAAUUAAGAUUAGGCUGAAUUGAUCCUACCAUCGAGUAGCUAAUUAACUUAACUUAAGCCUAUUAUAUUAAGUUUUAUUAUCAAUUAGUAACACAUGAAAUAAUCAUCCUUGAUGUAAAGUUCGAAAUAGUGACUUUUUAUAACACAAUUGAUAUUUUAAUUUUUUUCUUGAGUUACCGGCCGCUCUCAUGUUUCAUUGAUAGCUUGUUUUUUAUACUUAAUAAUAACGUUUCAAAUAAUAUAAAUGAAAUAUGUCAAUAACCGUGGCAAUGUGGAUAUAUUGCCAUCGGACCGAGGUAAAACUAUGUCCAAGGUACAACAGUUUCCCCCUACUUCAUAUUACCUCUCGCGUUGAAUGAUGGACUGAUGGUUCCUAUGACAGCUCCCUUCAAAUCUUUUUUUGUUGGGCUUAAUUUAAUAAAUAAUUGAAGUAAUAUUUAUUUGUCGUAUUUUUUCAAUUAAGUACUUCAUGUUACAAUUCUAAAAAAAUAGGUAAAAUAAUGUGCUAAACUUCCUAAAAAAAUAUGUUUUACUUUUAUUUUAGGUGAUAGGUAUUUUUGUAUACUCGUGAUGGUAAGGUGGGCAAGGUUAAUCGACAGCUAUGUUUAAUUCAUAAUAUGACACAUGAUUUAAUAUACCUAAUAUAAAUAAUAAAAUAAAACUAAUCUAAACUAAAUCUAAAAAAGGCAAGGCAAGGUCCCCAAGAUGCUGGCUGCGUUACCCCGCUGAACUGCCAGACUAAAGCGUUGAGCGAGGUAACUGCCAGCUCUCGGGUCCCCAGUUGCGUCCCUGAGUCUCUUUGAAAGGUUUCCAAAGAGACUCAGGGCGCCAGGACCCCACGGACCCAGGGUCUCGACGCCGAAAGGAACGAAAAUGUAUUCGGCGCCGAGACCGCGAUACUUCCCAACCUUUGCGUUUUCGGCCGCCUCCGCAGCAGCUGCCGCCCUCGCAGAGGUUCCGUGGAGAUGUGAC